AUGAUCAAUAAUUUGCACUCCAAGUGCCACGUGCAGGCCCGUCAGGCGGGGGUGCGGCGCGCGGACGCGCUGCUGCUGGCGCCCAGAGCCACCGCAGUUGCCGCUGCGUCAGGUGGCAGGCUCCUGGCCGCGCAGGCACUCGCCGCUUCUGCCAGCCACGCCCGCGCCAGGACAUUCACGGCGCAGCGCACGGCCCCCGGCCGCGCCCGUGCGGUGGCGGUGGCCGCGUCUGGCGAUGCAAAUGGCAGCGGCAGCUACGAUUAUGAUAUCAUCACCAUCGGCGCGGGCAGUGGUGGCGUGCGCGGCUCGCGGUUCGCGGCCAGCUAUGUCGUGGUGCUGCCGGGCACAGAAUGCAGGUGCAGCAGCAGAACCAGCGGCACCGGCGGCAGCAGCAGCAACAGCAGCAGCUGCAGCAGCAGCGGCAGCAGCAGCAGCAGCAGCGCCAGCACCAGCGCCAAGGUGGCCGUGGUGGAGCUGCCUUUCGAGUUCAUUUCGUCUGACACGGCCGGCGGCGUGGGCGGCACCUGCGUGCUGCGCGGCUGCGUGCCCAAAAAGCUCAUGGUUUACGCGUCAGAGUACGCCUCAUACUUCGACGACAGCGUCGGGUUUGGGUGGGAGGAGCGUGAGCACCCGGCGCACACGUGGGGGCGGUUCCUUGACGCCAAGCGCAAGGAGCUGCACCGGCUCAAUGGUGCCUACAAGAACACCCUCAAGAACGCAAAUGUGGAGCUGAUCGAGGGGCGCGGCAGGAUCGUGGACGCCCACACCAUCGACGUUGACGGCAAGAAGUACACGGCCAAGGACAUCAUCAUUGCCGUGGGCGGCAAGCCCCAGCGGCUGCCCAUCCCCGGGGCUGAGCUCGCCAUCACGAGCGACGAGACGCUCGAGCUGGAGACGCGCCCCAACAAGGUGACCGUCCUGGGCGCCGGCUUCAUCGCCCUGGAGUUUGGCGGCAUCUUCCGCCGCUUCGGCGCAGAGACGCACGUCUGCUUCCGCGCCCCCCUGCCUCUCAGGGGCUUCGAUGAUGAGGUGCGCCAGUUCGCCACCGACCAGUACAAGGCCACGGGCAUCAACCUGCACUCCCAGGUCACACCAAAGGCAAUCGUCAAGCAGCCGGACGGACGGCUGACGGUGGUGCUGGAGGACGGGGAGGGCAACACGGUCUUGAUGGCCACCGGCCGCGCCCCCAAGACGGCCGGCCUGGGCCUGGAGGAAGCCGGCGUGAAGCUGGGCAAGAAGGGGGAGGUGCUGGUGGACGAGUACAGCCGCACCAACGUGCCCUCCAUCUGGGCCGUCGGGGACGUCACGGACCGCAUCAACCUGACCCCUGUGGCCCUGAUGGAGGGCAUGGCCCUGGCCCGCACCAUCGUCAAGGGGGAGCCCACCAAGCCCGACUACGACGCUGUGCCCAGCGCAGUGUUCAGCUGGCCCAACAUCGCCACAGUGGGCCUGACGGAGGCCGAGGCCGAGAAGCGGUACGGCGCCAUCGACGUGUACACGAGCAGCUUCCGCCCCAUGCGCAACACGGUCAGCGGCUCCCCCAUCCGCUCCUUCAUGAAGCUGGUGGUCGACGCCGCCAGCCAGAGGGUGGUGGGGGCCCACAUGGUCGGCGAUGACUCAGCAGAGAUCAUGCAGGGCUUCGCGGUGGCGGUCAAGGUGGGCGUCACGAAGCAGCAGCUCGACAGCACAGUGGGCAUCCACCCGACGGCCGCCGAGGAGUUUGUGACGAUGCGCUCAGUCACGCGGCAGGUCCGGCCCGCGCCGGUGGAGACCGUCGCUGCUGCGUAG